CAAUGCAUAGAUUCCCGAAUUUCAUUAAGUUUGCUGACAUAUUUCAAUCUUGGGUGUCUCUUGUUGGAGGUAAACUGGAAUCAACUUCCGACUAUGAAUAUUAUAAAGAUAAGAGAAUUUGUGAUAUUCAUUUCACUGACAAGGACAGAGCUAGAAAUAAUCGGAUAUGCAAAGAAUCAAUUCCUUCAUUACACAUACCUGGACAAUUGCCAGUUCCAAAAGCACUAGAACAAACUUCAACUUCAGUACAACAGACACAGUCUAUACAGCUUAACUCAACAGAACAACUUGAAUCCUCUUAUAUGUUGGAGCCAGCUCAACUGCCAGGAUUGAAAUGUACAUUACAUGACAAAGAGAUUUCCAAACAUAUACUGUUUGAACAUAAUUAUUGUAUUACAACCCCUAAAAGAUUUAAAGGAAAAGCAUCUUAAAACAUUGUAACACUGAAUGCUAGCAUCCAUCAACUUCGAUCAACAAUAGCUCGUUUAAGGAAGAAAGGACAGUCUUUUCAGACACGAUUGCGCAAUGCGGAAAUGUUGUCCGAAACUGUUGUAUUUCAAAAAGUGACAAGAAAUAUGACAAAAUCGGCUCAACUUUUUGUACAAAUGCAAAUGCAGAUGCUGAAAAAGCUAAAAGGCGGAAGAUUUUCUAAUGAAGAAAAGUUUUGACAUCCGUGUAGAGUGACAUGUUUUCGGCCGUUAACAAAAGAUUAAAUUUAAAACUAAUUAGAGGAUGUAAUUUAAUAUUAACAAAUAAAGAUAUACAAGAUGUAUUGAUUCUACUACAUGUGAGACACGUUAAUAGAAGAAAUUUUGAGAACAUGAUGUAAAUAGAACAAGUAAUGAUUAUUAAAUAGAAAUUGUAAUGUAAAAAAAAAAAAAUUUAACUAGCUAAUUUUGAAUGACAUAUUUUUAUAAGAAAUGACUAAUUUUUUAAAACUUAACAAUUGCAAUGAUUAAUAAUGAAAAAUGAUAUACAACAUUGAGGAAAAAUACAUGUGGGU